AGGAUGCAGCGCCCGGGACCCUUCAGCACCCUCUACGGGCGGGUCCUGGCCCCGCUCCCCGGGCGGGCCGGGGGCGCGGCCUCCGGCGGAGGCUGCAACAGUUGGGCCGCCCCGGGCUACCACGUGCAGCCUCCUGGGUGCGUGCAGUCUGGGUCCUUCGGCGGCAGCAGCAGUACAAGCACCAGUGGUGGGAGUGCCAGCCGCGUCUUUCCGGCCCCCUCCACGAUGUCCAAGGCGGAGGAGGCCAAGAAACUAGCGGGCCGCGCGGCUGUGGAGAACCACGUGAGGAAUAACCAAGUGCUGGGAAUUGGAAGUGGCUCUACAAUUGUCCAUGCAGUGCAGCGAAUAGCUGAAAGAGUGAAACAGGAGAAUCUGAAGCUCAUCUGUAUUCCCACUUCCUUCCAGGCCCGUCAGCUCAUCUUGCAAUAUGGCUUAACCCUUAGUGACCUGGACCGACACCCAGAGAUUGACCUCGCCAUUGAUGGUGCUGAUGAAGUAGAUGCUGACCUCAAUCUUAUCAAGGGCGGUGGAGGCUGCCUGACCCAGGAGAAGAUUGUGGCCGGCUAUGCCAGCCGCUUCAUCGUGAUUGCUGAUUUUAGGAAGGAUUCAAAGAACCUUGGGGAUCAGUGGCAUAAGGGAAUCCCCAUUGAAGUCAUCCCAAUGGCCUACGUCCCUGUGAGCCGAGCUGUGACCCAGAAGUUUGGGGGUGUGGUUGAACUACGAAUGGCCGUCAACAAGGCAGGUCCUGUGGUGACGGAUAAUGGGAAUUUUAUCCUGGACUGGAAGUUUGACCAGGUGCACAAAUGGAGUGAAGUGAACACAGCUAUCAAAAUGAUCCCAGGCGUGGUGGACACAGGCUUGUUCAUCAACAUGGCCGAGAGAGUCUACUUCGGUAUGCAGGACGGCUCGGUGAGCAUGAGGGAGAAGCCUUUCUGCUGACCCUGUAGGAGCGGACUGUGUUCACCUUGCAUCCCCACCCACAGCUGAGGUGGACCUGCCUCUCCAGGAGCCUUUGCCUUAAUGUAUCUAUGCCAGGUGGACAGCUGGCAAGGGGUGUGGCAGGGCCUAAAUCCAGUCUUCUGAAGUGUUGUUAUUAAUGUCUUUUUAAAAAGAGAAAUAUAAACAUAUAUAUUUUUACUAUUAAGAGCACUCAUUUUUUUAAAUAAAGUAGCACUUGAUGUUUUAUAUGAAACAUUUACCAAAAAAAUAGAAAGGGAGGACUGCUGGUUAGGCUUCUGAAUUGGGUUUGCUGAGAAAUAAAAAUUAAAACUUUUCUUUAAGCUGGUCAAAUGAAGGACUCAACCAACAGUGUUUUCCUCAUGCCUUACUGGAGACUUGGAGUUUGUUUACUGUUCUGCUGCUGUUUUGUUUAGUUUUUGUUGUGAUUAUGUGUAAUACUCAGUUACAUCUUAAGAUCAGGUUUACAGAGGUCUGCAGAGUGGAGCAGUGUGGUAAGGUGAAAGGGAGCAUAAGCUAGUGGGGGCAAGUGUGGCUGUACCUUGGCUGAGGUCAGGCAGGGUUCAUCAGACCCAUGCUGUCGGAAGCAGUUACCCAGAGUUAACUGCCAACACUGCCAGAGCACUCCUGUGAAAUGUGAAGUCCUUUUUUUUU